AUGCGUGAUACACCGAAAGCCUCGGCAGCACUCAGUCUGACCACGAACAAGAGCACGAUCACACUACCGUUAAAAGUGAAUUGCCCCAGUCCAAUGGAUGUGGCGCCGAUCAGUGGUGCUGCUGCCGCGACGGUCACCCUGUCCAACUCGUCCACCACAACAGAUACAACCACCACUACCACCACAAUGACCACCACGGAUGCAAUUGGACUGAAUAUGUUUCACUCAUUCGAAUCGGCAAUGACCAAGAGUCGAAAGUUAAACUUUCGUACACAAAAUCGACAGUUGCAUUGCAGCAGUUUUCCCGAAGGUUCCGAUGCAGACAUGCGUGGAUCCGAUACGGAACAAGGUCGAACGAAUGGCACAAAAUACACACCAUUACAUCAGUCCAUUGGGUCCACAGAAUCCGUGUCGUCCACUGGUCCUCAGACAGACACGAACCAAGCAGACUCAGAUCGUCCGAAAGAUCCGAAUGGUACGGGAAAACAAUUGACACCUAUGGAAGUACGUGAAAGACUAAAGAAUUGUGUUUUAAAUAAGCGUCGAAAUCGAGAACUGGAAGCGGCUUCUGCACAAAAAUCUAAAACUGAUUUAACAGAACCGGAUAAUCGGAGUUCACAGCCUCAAAUAACCUCUGACAAUACAUCUGGUUCCGGACAAAAGCCUCUGGUAUCCAGUGGUUCUUUGGACCGUGGUCUUCUUCCAAUGCCAGCGGAAUUACGCGCUCACAGUCAGACCUCUGAGAGACAACUGUCAGUGGGGUCUGACUAUGGUACAUCAAAGCCUUUCCCCCAGGUCGAUCCUCUGAUGAAUUCACUUAUCCGUUCUCCCAAAGAUCCAUCGGCAGACAGCGGUAAUAUAAGCUAUGAAUUUGAACCCGCUGCGCAGAAUUCCGUGAAUAACGGUCAACCGACCGAAGAAGAACAAGGUCGGAAUAAGGUCGUUCAACAAUUACGGAAAAAAUUACUUGAGAGAUCGGAAUUUGUCAGCGCUGAUCGUUCAGAUAUUAACGCCGCGAUGGACUCUGCACCCGGAUCGACAACUGCAUACAGAGGCAUCAAUCCUUUACUGGAACGAACUGCAUCCAGUCCAGUUGUGAAUAUGACUGUCACGUCGCGAGCAGAAUAUCCCAUGCAAGAUUCCAGUUUCACCACCGUUUUGGCCUACGAUUUGGGCAUGCUCACUCACCAGUGCACGUGCCAAUCGGAUUCCAAUCACCCGGAAAAUCCUCUCCGCCUGAUAUCGAUCUGGCAACGAUUACAAGCUACUGGUUUGGCAUCAUUGUGUCACCAUCAACCAGGUCGAAGAGCAUCACUGGUCGAGUUACAAUUGGCCCAUCGAGAUGUUUACACUAUCCUGUUUGGUAGCAAUCCAGCCAGUCGUUACCGAAUUGAUCCAUCGCUACUAGCAACUGUUCGACUUUGUCGUCUGGCUUGUGGUGGUGUCGGUGUUGAUUCCGACACGGCUUGGCACACAGCUGGGCAUACAGCACAUGCGGCUCGCCUGGCUGCCGGAUGUGUGAUUGAUCUAGCCUGUCGAGUUCUCCUGGGGCAGUGCCCAAACGGAUUCGCCCUUGUCCGACCACCAGGGCAUCACGCCGAACCGGGGCAGGCAAUGGGAUUUUGUUACUUCAAUUCCGUCGCCAUUGCUGCCCGACGGGCUCAGUGUAUCAGUGCGUCAACCCUUUCUGCUUGUAAUGGACUCAAAAACUUGGAUUUGAACGACGAUCAAAACACAAUAAAAGCAAUGCCGACAGAAGCGAACAAACCACGAAUUCUUAUCGUCGAUUGGGACGUGCAUCACGGAAAUGGCACCCAGACCGUAUUUUAUACCGAUCCAACAGUGCUCUAUAUUUCCCUUCAUCGUCAUGACGAUGGCGGAUUUUUCCCGGGAACCGGAUCCCCAGAGGAAAUGGGAUCUGGACCUGGUUUAGGAUACACUAUCAAUAUUGCCUGGCCCACCGGGAUAACCAUGACCGAUGCCGAAUAUUUGGCUGCGUUUCGGACAAUCGUGUUACCAGUCGCUUUGGAAUUCCAACCGGAUUUGGUACUAGUCUCAGCCGGCUUUGAUGCGGCUCCUGGUCAUCCAGCCAAUCUGGGUGGCUACAAUGUCAGUGCAGCCGCAUUUGGUUGGAUGACUCGAUUACUGUCAAACGAUAAAAUUGCUGGGGCCCGAGUUGUACUCGCACUGGAGGGAGGAUAUGAACUCAAAAGUCUGUGCGAUUGUACCGAAGCUUGUGUUCGAGCCUUGCUAUUGUCUGCACACGAGCGAAUGAUUGGGUCCGAUUCGCGAAUAGACAACUUGCCCCAAUUAAUGCCAUUAUCGGACGAGGAGCGAGAAAAAGUUCCACAUCCAGCAGCUGUGCGCAUCCUGAUGCGCGUGGCACAUUUGCAUUCUGUUCAUUGGGCCUGUUUUCGUGAGCCAUUAGAUCCCCUGUUGAUCUCUGUGCCCGCCUCUGCUUGGCUACCCUCCGGAAUGAACGAACCUGCUGUAAGUCCGAAAUCAGCACCGGUGCAGGCACCCACAACGGCAGCCGUCGAGCAGAGACGUUACGUCAAACCCAUUACGAAACAAAAUCAACUAGACGAAGAAGAUGAUCCUAGUUUGAAUAAUCCACCCACCUUGGGCAGCAUUGGCACAAAUAUGGCGGUUCCUGUGUACGAUGAGGAUACUCCGAUGAAUCUCACUGUUCGACAAACAGUUUCUAUGGAUGAAUCUUCAUCCAAUCUGUCCGUUAUUGGAGCUCCAAUUUCGACUACUGAGAAAGAUUCCAUCUCCGGGUCUGUUGGUAGUUUCGGAAUGACAGAUUCGAACGAAGCGAUCGCCGCGGUGGCCUUGGCUCGACUAGCCGGUUUACGGGUGACCGCCAAUAUUCUACCUGCCAACAUCUCAACAUCAUCCACGAAUCCAAUGGGAACGAAUUGA